CAGAGAGAAAGACGAACGAACGAACGAGCGAGAGAGAGGCGGAGAAGCUAGGAGACGCCACAGACAAACCGGUAAAGGGAUUGCGGGUCUCAAACCCACGAUAAACACGGAGCGCUGAGGCUCGUUUCGAGGAGACGGCUGUGAUCGAAAAAAGGAAGGGGAGGGGACAGCUAACUUUGACAGACCUGCACUGGCCUCCAGCAGCGGACGCAAGCCCGGGUUUAGUUUUUGAGUGACGCCGACAAAAACAGUGAUCUGAGGGAACCUCUGCGUCGCCGCCGCACUGAAUCGUCACCUCUCCUUUGCCACCGCCACUCGACCUGCCACCAUGACGUCGGAGCUGGAGAGCAGCUUGACCUCCAUGGACUGGCUGCCACAGCUGACCAUGCGGGCGGCCAUUCAGAAAGCGGACACCCAGAACGCUCACGGGCCGGGCAUGGCUAAGAAGAGCGCCCUGCUGGACCCCAACACCACACUGGACCAGGAGGAGGUGCAGCAGCACAAGGACGGCAAACCACCGUACAGCUACGCCAGCCUCAUCACGUUUGCCAUCAACAGCUCGCCAAAGAAGAAAAUGACACUGAGCGAGAUCUACCAGUGGAUCUGUGACAAUUUCCCCUAUUACAGGGAAGCCGGCAGCGGGUGGAAGAACUCAAUACGGCACAAUCUCUCGUUGAACAAGUGUUUUCUCAAAGUGCCUCGCUCCAAAGAUGACCCGGGAAAGGGUUCGUACUGGGCAAUCGACACAAAUCCAAAGGAGGACACGCUGCCCACACGACCCAAGAAGAGGCCACGGUCUGGAGAGCGGGCGUCCACGCCGUACAGCCUGGAGUCGGAUAACUUGGGAAUGGACUGCAUCAUCUCUGGAAGUGCCUCUCCAACGCUGGCAAUCAACACUGUGACUAACAAGGUAGUGUUCAGUCCUGGCUGUGUUUCUUCUAUCACAGCUGACACCAGCGGCCUACAUACCCAGUUUACAUUUAUUUUUUCCUGCCGUGGCUAUAUGCGUGCACUUCAUAACAGGACUGACUGUGUUCGUCAUCCUCCUCUCCUCCCCCUUCAGGUGACAAGUCAUCCAGAGUCGGUGUCCCAGUCCAUGAGCUUGCAGCAGGCCCCUCAGGCCCAGUACAACAUACCGGAACGCGACAAGCAGCUGCUCUUCUCCGACUUCGAAGAUCUCAGUGCCUCCUUCCGCAGCCUUUACAAGACUGUGUUUGAGCAGUCCUACAACCAACAGGGUCUGAUGGGUAUGCCCUCGGAGUCGUCCCAGCAGACCCACACCUCCUGCUCUUACCAACACUCCCCCAGCACCACCAUCAGCACCCACCCUCACAACAACCAGAACAGCAUCAAUAACUCUCACCCCAACAACAUCCCCAACAGCGGUAGCCAGGUGCCUCUCUCCCACCCCCCUCACUCGGCCCACAACUCGCCCCACGGACAGCACCUCUCCCAGCAUGGCCCUCACACCCAGCACAGCCAGCACCCACAUACGGCACACAGCCAACAUCCCCAGCACAGCCAACACAGCCAGCAUGGGCAGCAUCCCUCCCAGCACCAGGCCCACGGCCAGCACACACCGCAGCAGCAGCACCAGAAUCUCUCCCACCAGCCUCAUCCUGCCCAGCAACAGAUGCAGUGCAACACCGGUCUUCCCAGUGACUGGUACCCCAACUUGGAUGCGUUAAAAGAAAGCUGCCGCAUCGCCAGCAGCUACAACUGGGCUGAUGUUGAUCUGUCACCCUUCCAAGGUUUGAAAGAGAGCAUGAGGCAGGCGGAGCUGAAUAACUGGUCUCUGGAGCCCACUCAGAUUGCAGACCUCUGCUCCUCCAUCAAUCAGUUCUUUGCUCGCACUGGAAUCCAGCCACAAGCGGCAGUGCAACCUCCAGUGUGCCACGGCUCCAUGCAUCCAAAACCCAACCCACACAUCAACACAGGAAACAUGUACAUGGACUCGAGACAGAGCUUGAGUUCAAUGAUGGGUCCGCCGGGAUAUCCUCAUAUGCCGCCCAUGAGCAGCGCUGGCCCCACUAUGACAGGCCAUCACGCUCAGAUGAACCAGCAGCAUAUGAUGCCUGCUGGAAACUUCCAGAUACGCCGCAUGCCUGCCGACGACAUCCAGGAUGACUUUGACUGGGACUCCAUCGUCUAACCCAGUCCCCGAGAGCGAAGAGUGGUGCAGACGAAACGAGAGCGGAGCGUAUGGAGGCAGUGUGUUUGUGUUACAGAGCAAGAGGGCUGGACCUGAGGUGUCUGCAUGCCCGUGACAGAAGGCAGAUUGGAAUGGGACACUUGAAAAAUAGUGCAGGUGUUGUUCAUUAUGACCUGAAAGAGACUCCUGUGUUCCUGGUGUUUUUAUGAAACAAAAACAAACAAAAAAAAGAUAUUACUUUGAAGACAAUCACAUUUACUAGGACAUGCUUAAGUGAUCGCUUUUAUACUUGUCCAAGGGGCAAGUGGUUUGUUUAAGUCAAAUGUCUCCCGACCCACAGCCUCUCUGCAAACUUGCUAAGCUCGCCCCUGCUCUUCAACUGUUGUUCUGUGAUUUUUCGAGUGAUUGCAUCCGGCUUGUUCUCCCCUCUCAUGGUGACAAACUCAGGCCUCGACUGCCUAUCAGACAAGAUUGGCUCCCUCAUUUGUGUUGUGAAACUUCAUCUGAGAUGCAGGGCACUUUUCAGAAGAGGGUCGAUGGUGCAGGUAACGUGACACUCGAAGCACCUGCCGUCGUUCAGGCACAAGUAGCCAAUUUUUUGCUCCUCUGACCCUACACACUGUAAUAUGCCGACUUCGCCAUGCAUCCAAAUCCAGCAGAUUUUACUGAUUCUUAAGGCUCAUAACAAAACGUGUAAGCCACAUUACCUGCAGUAUUUGUACUUGUGUAUCUUUGCUGUCUGAAGUGUGUCAUGUUUUUUGUCACUAAUAGUUUUAGGCUAGUCUGAAUAUGAAAAUGAAAAUUCAUAUGAAAAUGA